AGAAGGGGGAGCAGGUUAACUUAUAAAUAGACACUGCCUGAAGCUCUCCAUGAUGCAUGUCAUUAUUUUAUAAAUCUUUUUUUUUUUUUUUUUUGAGGAUCUCAUUAUCAGAGACCAAUUGGAAACUCCACUCUCUUCAUGUUUUGGAGAGAUCUUCUUGGAGAUCUAUUUUAAAAUAUUUUCUUCUAUCAUACUGAGUAACAAACUCUGCUGUUUUGAAUCGUCUGUACAUGGAAUAUGAAGAUGAUGAUGAUGUAUCUUUUGCCAAAUGGAUGAGCAGCUUCUGGGGCCACAGCUGGACUGAUGAAAAUGAGAAAGAAUUAAGAAACCACAGGGAACGCCGAGCCCAGAAAAUCAGAGAUCGAAGAACCUCCCUGCCUUGUCCAACACAGAUUGCUUCCCUUCCCAUGUCCAAUAUUCAUGGACCCCCCACAGUUGUUCCAGUUUCUGGCCAACCCAGAAGACAUUCUCAUGAGGACCAUGGAUUCCGAGGCCAUCAUCAUAUGAGGGCAGGCAAAAUGUGCUCUCAGAGCAGUGCAUUCCAGGGGCAAAUGAAACCCAAAGGCAGAUCACAUUCCAUCCAAGAAUUUUCAGAAGACUUUGAGCAGCAACUCUGCAUUAGAACCAAAAGAUCAGUCUCGUUAGAAUCUGAGGAUAGAAAGGAAAGAAAAGAUAGAGAAUGCCUGAGAAGCAGGACAGAAGCCCAUCAGAAAGCAAGGGAAAGAAGGAGAUCAAAGGAAAAGGAAGAGGAAGAAGCUAGCAUGGCAAUCCUGAGCACAAAGAGCCAUGAGUAGUUCAUUGUUUUCACAUGAUAACUAUAUAUAGAGUAGAUGAACCUUGUUUGGUGAAUAUUUUGGUUGAGACUGGAGAGUAGUAUCUAUAAAAGAAGGUAAUUACAUGGCAUUCAGAGUUGGAACCCGGGAUAAAAACAAAAUAAACCAAAAGCCUCAAAUUUUUGUCCACAUUUAUCAUUCAGCAUGUUUUCCCUCUGAUAUGUUAGUAAUCAAUCUCCUUUGUUUCUCUUUCAGGAAGAAGGGUACCAAUG